AUGUUGGCACUACAUUUCUGUUGGGUUUCCUUUCUCGGAGUGAUAUAUGGUUCUGCUAUUUCUUCCGAAACAAGAGCCUCUCCGCGCUUCCUUUCUGGAGCUCCGUUGGGACAUGUCAACGACCUCGAUGAGACUUCCGGUAUAUGCGCUAGCAGAGUUAAUCCAAAUAUUCUUUACGGUCACAAUGACAAGGGAGACGGGCCAAAACUCUAUGCUAUCAGUUCCCUAACUGGAGAAUUAAAGACGACUAUUCACGUGCAUGACGCCCACAAUUAUGAUUGGGAGGACAUCGCGUGUGGACCAUGUGAUAGUAACGGAGGGCAUUGUAUAUAUAUAGGAGAAAUUGGGGAUCAUUCCGGAGAUGGAGCGCAUAACAUCAUUUACAAAAUUCGGGAGCCAUCUCUCAAGAGUUCUGAUGACGAGGUGACAGUCGAUGUUGAGGCCAAAAUCAGUUUUCGUUGGGUACCACAACAACAGGACUGUGAGACCCUCAUGGUGGACCCACAACGUAAUAUAUAUCUGAUCUCUAAGGUCGAUGACGGUCAAGGUCGAGUAGGGGUCAUCAACAGUUCAGCUUGGGAUACUCCCGCGACAACAGUAUAUCUAACUGACCUCAUCACACUUCCGCUUUCAACCGGAAGUACUGACCCUACAGGAGGCGACAUUUCCCCAAACGGUCGGGAUAUUUUAAUUCAGACCCAUCAUCAGGUUUUCUAUUGGCAAAAAGCUGACGAUAUCAGCAUCAAAGAGACUUUGCUUCAGAUUCCUGUUGGUGUUCCAUUCCAUUACAAUAAACAUGCUGAAGCAGUUGCCUGGGACAUGAAUGGGGACGGUUAUUACACAGUCUCUGAAGGACACCAUGAGAAUCUAUAUUAUUACACAAGACAAUGA